AAGAAGGGGGUGGGGGAGGGGAACGAGGAUCACGGAGCUGCGCAGAUGGCCCCCUGCAUGCCCCAUGUGCUCUUUCCCUGCACCCCUCCCUGUGGGAGGUCAGAUGCAGGAGAGGUCCCGGGGUAGGUAGGGGUUCCGUGGGGAACAGGCUGAGAUGCAGCAGGCUGUGGGAUCCCUGGGGGGGGGGGGUGCCCCCUAGCCUUACCAGAAGGCAAGGAUGGGGCCAGGAGGGCUGCAGGGUUGAGGAGGGUAGGUGACCCCAGGCGUGGGGACCUGCGAAGCAGCCAGACCUCCCCCUCUGGCGCCUCAGUCCAGCCUAAGUCCCGCCUGCUUGCCACACCCCUGACUCACUUCCUUUGCAUGGAAGCGGAAACCUCCCCAGAGCUUCCUCCCCUCCUCCCGGGCCCCAGGGACCCACAGGUGCUACUCACUCUCCUCCGUCCUGGCCUGAGCUGGCCCAGCUGGGCCCUGACCCCACUGGGACCCUCCCCAGGAAGCCGGCAUUUUCUGUGUCCUGAGUUGCAGCCCCAGCCUCUGGCCUGGGAGGGGGCUGCCCUUGGUGGGCCAGGGGCCAGCCAGAGCUUAACCUGACACAGCUGCAGGGAGGGCGACCUGCAUGCAGAACGCCGCCCCUGCGCCAUGGACGGCGGCCAGCCCGGUCUGGAGCCCGCGGCCCCGGGGCCCAGCAUCCCCGGCCCGAGCGUGAUCGCGCCCCUGCGCGCCGUGGUCCGCCUGCGCCGCCGCGUGUGCCUCCUGCGCAAGCGGCGCCUCCUGCCGCCGGGCGCCGGGCCUGCCUUGGGGCCCGGGGCGCCCAGACCCGGCUGCAGCUCAGGGGCGCCGCCCGCCGACCCGGACCGGCCACAGUUCUUCACCUUUGACGGCCCGGCCGAGCUGCCGUCCCGGACGCCGCGCAAGAGGCGCCGGCGCAGCCGCGUGGUGCUCUAUCCCGAGACCUCGCGCAAGUGCCGGCCCCACGCCGAGCGCCGCAGCCGCGCGCAGCGCUGCCUGCUGCUGCUUGUGGCCAUCGUGGGCUUCCAGGUGCUCAACGCCAUCGAGAACCUGGACGACAACGCGCAGCGCUACGACCUGGAUGGGCUGGAGAAGGCGCUGCAGCGCGCCGUGUUCGGUCAGCCUGAGGCCGUGGCUCGCAUAGUGGCGCUGCUGCGGGACUACCUGGCCACGCACGUGCACAGCCGCCCGCUGCUCCUGGCGCUGCACGGGCCCAGCGGCGUGGGCAAGAGCCAUGUGGGCCGCCUGCUGGCGCGCCACUUCCGCUCGGUGCUGGAGGACGGCGCCCUUGUGCUGCAGUACCACGCACGGCACCACUGCCCCGAGGCACGGGCGGCGCAAGCCUGCCGGGAGGAGCUGGCUGCGCUGGUGGCCGACGUGGUGGCGCGGGCCGAGGUGGAGGAGAAGACCCCGCUCGUGGUACUGGACGAGGCGGAGCUCAUGCCCCCCGCGCUGCUGGACGAGUUGCACGGCUUCCUGCAGCCGCAGCGCGCCCACCCCUUCCACAACGCCAUCUAUGUGCUCCUCAGCGGCGUGGGCGGCGCAGAGAUCACGCGCUUCGUGCUGCAGAACGCAGCCAGCGCGGGGCCCCAGCGCCCUGAUGCCCACCUUGAGCCGGCUCUGGCAGCCGCUGUGCAGACCGACGAGGAGCUGCGCGCGCGUCUGAGGGUGCUCCUGGUCCGCGAGCACCCGCUGUGGCAGGCCGCGGCCAUCGUGCCCUUCCUGCUGCUGGACAAGCAGGACGUGGUCAGCUGCUUCCGGGAUGAGAUGGCCGGGGAGGGCUUUUUCCCGGAGCAGGCCCGUGCUGAGCUCCUGGCGGCGCAGCUCAGCUACUACCGGGUGGCCGGCCGGGAGUUCUCUGUCACUGGCUGCAAGCAGGUGGUGGCCCGGGUGAACCUCUUGUAGCGUAGGCACGACUGGACACGGUGGCUACGAGUGGACACAAUCCGAGGUUUGGGUUGGUGGUGGCAGGAGGAGGGACGGGGCCUGUGCAUUGGCCUGAGGCCCCUAAUAAGUCUGUCUCUGGCCCCUCCCCAACCUGUGGUUUGCCCAGGGACCUGGGGGAGCUAAUGGGCUGGGUCAGUUCACCCCCAUCAGAGCCCCCAGUCUGCCUGUGUAGGGUCCCUAAUCCAGUCGCUGUGCCUGAGCGCGCCCUGCAGGUGGUGGGGGAGGUGCACCAUCCAGGGUCCAGGCUACAAGGAUGCAUGAUGGCCUCAGAGAAGGGCAGUCCCCUGCAGCUGGCUCUGACCUCUGCUGUGUGGGGUGCCCGCCGCAGCCCUCAGACACACUCAUGCAUGCUCUGUUCAGCCCUCGCACACUUGCCAGCCCUACAGGCCACAAGCCCCGGGACUUCUCCAGCUGGGGGAAUGGGGGGUUACCCGGGUUCCCCCUGGACUCCUGGAAGGCCACGGGCUGCGUGGGUCUCCACACAGCAAGGCGAUCCAGGGGACUCCCCUGAAUGCUUUGGAAGGUGAGGGGACUCUCCCAGAGAGAUAGGGGCGCUGACCUCUUGGCCCCCCGCCCUGGGCAGCAGCUUGCUUCAGGACGCUGAACUGGGGAGGCUUCAAGGUACAGACCCCUGAGGCUCAGCUGCAGAGCUCUGCAGGUUUUCAGGCGCCAUAGGCACCCUUUGCAUGUGGCUCCCAGAGGGCAGUGGUUGCGUCCACGUGGCCCCCACCAGCUCUAGUGGCCCCCGCUGCCCAUGAGCCCUGCGGUGGCCUCCGUGCUCCCACCUGGUGGUCUUGGGGGUGUGUUCCUGGUGCAGGCCUGGCCCACCCUGGGGGAGGGACAUGUCCCCACCCCCCACCCCUCCCCAUGGUCCGCAGACUCCCCCUCCCCGUGCUGUCCACCCCACCUGCCCUGGCAGUCGUCGGGCCCAGGUAGCAAAAGCAGGAGGCGCCCGGCAGCCCAGAGAAGCUCUGUGGACCCUGGGGUGAUGGGGUUUGGCGCAGGGCAGGGAGGUGCCCCAGAUACUGGGGAACUGUGUUCCCCAAGGGGCUCUGGGGGGGAUGGCCAGUGCAUCCACCGACCCCACAUGCUGAGUAGCUGGGGAAAGAAGCCCUGGAGUCUAAGGCUGAAUGGGUGCCAGGGUAGCCCGUGUCCAGCCCGGAGGUCCUAGGCCCUGACCCCCAGGCACCCAGGGCAUGCUGCUCACUUAGCCUUCUCUUUGUCACUUUGUUCUGUGCCUUUUAGUUGUCCUGCCUUUUUAUAUCUUGCUUUAUUUUUAUUUUAGUUUUCUGGUGCCCCCGCAACUCCCACCACGGCACACAGCGUCCCGUCUGUAAUGGGUUGGCACUUAUACCCUGAGCCACUUGCUGUGACCAGCUGAGGGCCAGCCCACCCUCUGCACCCUCAGGCCAGUCUCACCAAGUAGGGCAACACUGUCCUCUUAUCCAACCCCACAUAUGGGACAUUAUUUUUAUAUUUAAUGUUUACUGAUGUUUAAAUUUUAUUUUACUGAUAUAUUUAUGAACGAGUUUCCUCUGUUUUGGAGGCUCUGUAAUUCCCAUUGUGCUGUAAACUAGCUUCCCAGGUUCUGUACAUGCCUGUGGGACUGUUCUCAUGCUGGGGCACCACGCUGCCCCCAUGACUGCGGCUUCUUAGUCUGUAGAAGUCAGGACAGCUGGCAGGACGUCCUUCAUGAAGAGUUACUUGGCUCUUGGGCUUUUUUCACUUAGAACUUGGUUUUGUCAAAUUUUUUUUUUUUUUUUUUUUUUUUUUUUUUUUUUAAGCAGGGUCCAUGCCCAGUGUGGAGCCCAAAGCUGGGCUUGAACUCACAGCCCUGAGAUCAAGGGUCUGACGCUGAACUGAGCCACCAGGCGCCCCUGACUUUGUCAGAUUCUUUGGAAAACCUUUCAGGAUUUGAAUUGGGCCCUCACGGAUCCACAGGCCAGUGAGUUUGGGAAGUGUGCUUCCAUCACACAGCCAUGCAGUCACCAGGCUUGAUCGCACACACGCGUUUGACUGGACUAUGUCAUGUUCUGCUGACAGGUCUUGCUCACAUUUCUGAGAUUUAUUCCUUAAAACCAUAAAGCAUUUGGUUGAUGUCACAAAAGGUCAGCGUUGUAUAAUCUAACAUACACCUGGGAAAGUAUAUAAAGCAAAAUCUGCAUUUGAAGCUUUAUCACAAAGCUACAUCCCCCAUACUGGUGGGGAUGUGGGAUGGGCCAGGCACCUGGACGCUCUCAAGGCGGCCCCACUCCCUGGUGCCCCCUGCCCAGCCCAGCAAUGACCUGACCUGCCAACCCCUCGAAUCACCACCUUCUGCUCUUCCCACUUGAACCACCCAACUUCACAGCUCCAACCAGUCUGUUUUACUUUGUUCUUCACGUUGCAACUUUCCUGUUUAAUUUAAACAAAAGCAAAAACAGCUCGAUUGACGUAUCAUUUAUACACCACAAAAGUCACUCCUUUUAAGGGGAUGAUUUAAUGAUUUUUAGUAACUUUGGAGACUUGUGCCACAAUGCAGGUGUGGGAUCUUUUCACGACCCCAGAAUGAUCCAUCCUGCUGCUUUUCUGUGAAUCCGUUUCCACCCCUUCCUCAGGUAACCACUAAUUCUGUCUCCCAAGGUUUAACCUUUUCUAAAAUUUGGCGUUGCAGGUAUGUGGGCUUUUUAGCUUUUUGUGUCUGACUUCUUUCACUUACUGCUUUUGAGGUUCACCCAAAUGGGUAGGGCUUGCCUUUGUGGGCGCCUUUCUCCGCAUUACAUGGACCAGAAGCAUCCCAUGCACAUUGGGGUUGUUUGCACUUGUUGGCUAUCAUGAAUAAAUUGUGCAAGGGACAUUUGCCCCAAAUUUC